UUUUGUUUUGCUCCUUCAGUUCGUUCCGAGCCGCACACGGUGCUGUGAGCAAGAAUUUGCGAUUUAUAUUUUAGUGGUCGUACAGUGAAUUUACCGAUAAAUUCCGUGAAUAUUGCGACGGUCCCCCUGAGCACCAUGUCCGCCGAGGCCAAAAGCUCCAAGAGCACAACGUCCUCGCUAAUCAGCAAACCGGCCAACCUCGAAUGCAAGAACCUGGAGGAAUAUCUGAAAUCUCGACCGCCGGAUGCCCUGGAAAAGCUGUACAACUAUCCGGCUAUAUGCUUGGCCGUGUAUCGAGAGCUUCCCGAAAUCGCACGACAAUUUGUGAUACGUAUUUUGUUUGUUGAACAAGCAAUUCCUCAGGCUGUGGUGUCUUCCUGGGGGUCACAGGUGUAUGCCAAGGAGAACGUUCUUGUGUCGCGCGUGCUAACCGAGUUGGGCGUGUGGCGCACUGCCGGUUUAACUGGAGGACUGGAAGCAUGGGAACUGUGUCCUACUUUCAAAAAGAAUUUGAAGAUUGCCCUGCUGGGUGGGGGUCGUCCAUGGUCGAUGUCCAAUGCCUUGGAUCCGGAUCAAAAGUCCAGAGAUAUUGAAUUCCUCGACGCGUAUGCCAUGUCCCGUUGGCGAUGCGUGUUGCAUUAUAUGGUGGGAGCUGGAAGUUCCAAAGGAAUGGAAGGCGAAGGAAUUUCACCGGAUGCCGUUAGGAUUCUUCUACACGCGAAUCUAAUGAAACGAGAUGAAACAGACGGAAGUCCAGUGAUUACACGACAAGGGUUCCAGUUCCUGUUGCUCGAUACACAAGCUCAGGUGUGGCACUUCAUGCUCCAGUAUUUGGACACCUGCGAGGCUCGUGGCCUAGAUUUGGCGGAAUGCCUUUCCAUGUUGUUCCAGUUGAGCUUUUCCACACUGGGACGUGACUACAGUUCAGAAGGCUUGAGUCAGGGUCUGCUAACUUUCCUGCAGCAUUUGCGAGAGUUUGGGCUGGUAUACCAACGCAAAAGAAAAGAAGGUAGAUUCUACCCGACUAGAUUGGCGCACAACAUCACUUCGAAGAAUGCAGUCCAAACCAUUCAGGAAGAUGGAAGCUCUGUCCAGGACAAAGGAUACAUCAUUGUGGAAACCAAUUACCGCGUGUACGCAUACACUGAUUCGAAUCUGCAGGUAGCCUUGCUCGGUUUGUUCACCGAACUGUUAUAUCGCUUUCCAAAUUUGGUGGUUGGUGUUCUCACCAGAGAUUCAGUUCGGCAAGCUUUUCGAGGAGGCAUCACUGCCGAACAAAUAAUAAGCUAUUUGGAGCAACAUGCACAUCCAACGAUGCUGAACAUGGAACAAGCAAUCAACUCAAAAUCGCCUCUGCCGCCGACCGUUGUCGAUCAGAUCAAACUGUGGGAGAACGAGCGGAAUCGGUUCACCUAUACGGAAGGAGUAGUGUACAACCAGUUCCUGUCCCAGGGCGAUUUCAACACCUUGAGAGAUUACGCCCAAUCGAUCGGAGUGAUGACCUGGCAGAACGAACGAACACGCACGAUGGUUGUCACGAAAAAUGGCCACGACGAUGUGAAGCGGUUCUGGAAACGUUACUCCAAGGGUGGCAGUUAGUUUCGCCGGAAUGUGAACACAAGACAAAACUAGGACUUGUAAGGGUUAGAAUAAGUCGUUUAUUUCCGCUCCAUUAAACUCAUCUUCAGUAAAAACGA